GACUGUGGAACUGUCAUCAAGAUGCAGAUGCAACUUGCCUUUCUGGUUCUCUUGGCUCUGGUGUGCACUGGACUAUGCUCAGAGGUUGAUGCGGAGAAGAGAGCGAUUGAAGAGGAGUUGCUGAACACUCUUCUCUCCUCAAAGGUGAAACAGAAUAAGCAGAGCGCCCCCUCGUGGCGACUGCCUUUAGUCAGCCUGUGUAGGAUGCUGGGCAGCCCGAUCGAACCAUGGCAAGGAGAGUGGCACAGUGAUGAGGAGGUGGAGGGAGGGGUGGAUUACGAGCAGCGUCCACCUUCCCCUCUCGCUGAUACUCUACAGGAACUGAACCAUCUUCAGAAUCUCUGCAGAGUACUGCAGCCCAGACAGCUUCAAGAUGCUGAGGCAUACCUGGACCUUGACCAGAACAAUGAGAAUCCAUUGAAACGGAAAACCCCGUAUAUACUGAAGAGGCAACUGCACACCAAUAAAGCAAGAAGGCCUUACAUCCUGAGACGAAGUGUGUUUUACUAA